AUGGCCGCGCUGCACCAGUUCGAAUGGCGCCCCGCCAAGCUGCUGCAGGACUACAACGCGCCGCAGGACUUUGCCCUGCUCGUGCUCAACCAGCCGCUGCGGCUCGGGUCCAACCUGCGCAAGCUGUGGAAGAACUCUUCGAUGAGAGUGGCUGCCGACGGAGGAGCUAACCGCCUGCACACGCUGUCGUCGUUUCAUGGCAAGUUUUCCAACCUGCAACUCAUCAUCGGCGACCUCGACUCCCUCACCCCCACGGUCCGCGACUUCUACUCCUCCCAGCCCUCCCCCGCAACCAUCAUCCACGACCCGGACCAGGAAUCCACCGACUUCGGCAAGGCCAUCAACUGGAUCCGCAAGGAGAACUCGGAGGGCAUCGACAUUGUCGCCCUGGGCGGCAUCGGCGGCCGCGUCGACCAAGGCCUCAGCCAGCUACAUCACCUGUACCGCUUUCAGACCGACCCGGUGUACGCCCAGGGUCGCAUCUACCUGCUUUCCGGCUCCAGCCUGACCUUCCUACUCAAGGCCGGCGUGCACCACAUCCAGGUCCGCGAAGAUGGCGAGCAAGACGUCUUUGGAAAGCACGUUGGCAUCAUCCCGCUCAAGGAGCCCAGCAUCAUCUCCACGAGUGGUCUCGAGUGGGACGUCACCGACUGGCAGACUGAGAUUGGCGGCCAGCUCAGCACCAGCAACCACGUCUUGCCCGACACCCAGGUCGUGCAGAUCAAGACGGACAAGGAUGUACUUUUUACAAUAGCGCUCGGACAGGUUGACGGUGAGGAUCAUGAAUAA